UUGUGUGUGUAAAGAUAAAAUGGCAGAGUUAGAAGGUACGCCUCACAAGAAAGCCAAAAAGGACAAGGAAAAGAAGCGUAAAUACAGUAGUACAGAAAUUGGGGAAGCGCAACAUCAGGGUGAUUUUCUUAUCAAACCAGACUCCAAGCCUGCCAAAUUAGAUACAUGUCAAUGGCCGUUAUUACUGAAAAACUUUGAUAAACUUAAUAUUCGCACUGGACAUUAUGUGCCACUGCCCAAUGGGGCAUCACCGCUGAAAAGAGAACUAAAUGAUUAUCUUUCGAGUGGAUUUAUAAACUUGGACAAGCCUGCCAAUCCAUCAUCACAUGAAGUAGUAUCAUGGGUGAAGAGAAUCCUGAGAGUGGAGAAGACAGGUCACAGUGGAACAUUGGAUCCUAAAGUAACAGGGUGUCUUAUUGUGUGUAUUGAAAGAGCCACCCGGUUAGUCAAGUCACAACAAAGUGCAGGCAAAGAAUAUGUCUGUGUUGUCAGAUUACAUAGUGCUAUUGAAAAUGAAGCCAAGUUAGCUAGGGUGAAUGCCAUUUGUUACGGAGCCAAGAUUAUGCUCCCCGGUGUCUUGAGAUUUGAAGACGGAAUUGAAAUUAACUCUGAAGUGGUUGUCCUGUCGACGAAGGGUGAAGCCAUCUGUCUAGGCAUAGCAUUAAUGACAACUGCCGUCAUGGCAACCUGUGACCAUGGCGUCAUUGCUAAAAUUAAACGAGUCAUCAUGGAAAGAGAUACGUAUCCAAGGAAAUGGGGUCUGGGACCAAAGGCGUCUUUAGUGAAAAAGAUGAUAAAAGAGGGCAAACUUAACAAAUACGGGAAACCGAAUGAAGAAACGCCUGCUAAUUGGACGAGUACAUACACCGAUUAUAAUGUCCAGAAAACUCCUUCCACUCCAAAAGCAGACAUUGAAGAAGUUGCUGAAGUUGAAACAGCCUCCAAGAAGCGAAAAAUAAGCGAAAGUAGUUCUGAAAGUAGUGCCCCACAGUCGCCAGUGAAAGUAGUGGAAAAGGAGAAAAAGAAACACAAAGAUAAAGACAAGAAAAAGAAGAAAAAGCACAAAGGGGAAGGAGAUGCAGGGAUAUCUGAACCAGAAAAGGAAAAAGAAAAAAAAAAGAAAAAGAAAAAGAAGAAAGAAAAAACAAAAGAGAAAACAUCUGAUUCUUCAGAUUCAGAUUAAUAUAUGUGAUGUCAUAAU